GCAAGAUCACCAGCAUGGAGCAGAUCUACCUGCACUCCCUGCCCGUGAAGGAGUACCAGAUCGUGGACUUCUUCCUCCCUAAGCUGAAGGAUGAGGUCAUGAAGAUCAAACCCGUCCAGAAGCAGACCCGUGCCGGUCAGCGUACCCGCUUCAAGGCCGUCGUUGUCAUCGGUGACUCCGAGGGUCACAUCGGUCUCGGUAUCAAGACCUCCAAGGAAGUCGCUACUGCUAUCCGCGCCGCCAUCAUCAUCGCCAAGCUCAGCGUUCUCCCCGUCCGUAGAGGUUACUGGGGUACCAACCUUGGUGAGCCUCACUCUCUGCCCGUCAAGCAGAGCGCCAAGUGUGGUUCCGUCUCCGUCAGACUUAUCCCCGCUCCCCGUGGUACCGGUCUCGUUGCCUCUCCCGCUGUCAAGCGUCUGCUCCAGCUUGCCGGUGUCCAGGACGCCUACACCUGCUCUUCCGGUUCCACCAAGACCCUCGAGAACACCCUCAAGGCUACCUUCCUUGCCGUUGUCAACACCUACGGCUUCCUCACCCCCAACCUCUGGAAGGAGACUAAGCUCAUCCGCAGCCCUCUGGAGGAGUUCGGUGAUGUCCUGCGCCAGGGCAAGAAGUACUAGGGUAGUGCUGUGAUGGGAAUAAACUUGCAUGAUUGUUUUUGAAUCGAACUAUUUUCCUACGGGUUUCAAAAGUCUCUUUGGUUGUAGGAUCGGCAGUACCAGCAAAUCUUGACUUUCGCGCUAUGCUACGCUAUUUACGGUAUCCAUGGAUGUAAUGAUUACGGGAACAUUGAACAAGGGAAACCACAUGGAGUCGAUCGAAGGUCUCCACCCGACAAGUGACGGUACGUAAGCUGCACAAAGGCACAGACACCCGCGCUGGAUAUUGCCGGAGCACCUGUCUGGACCCGAUUCUGUAAGAAGGGCCAGGCCCUGUAGUAGAUCCACAUUUAUGUUAAGGGCUCAUUGAACUCACCCACAGCGAUUGCUCCCUCCGCAUGCCAUUUCAUCCCCAGAAGAGGCCCUGAUAUGACGUAGGCGAGAACAGCCGUUGACUUCUUCAAUUCAUCGAACAGUGUAGAU